UUUUGAUAACGUCCAAUAGAAGUAUAAUAGUAUUCACUCACUAAGUGCUUAAAUUUUAAAGUAAAAUACUGAUCUAAACUGUAAUAUUUAAAAACUUUUUAAUUAAUUAAUAUUAAUAUCGUUAUAUUUAACACAUUCUUUUAAUUAUGGAAGAAAUUGGUAUUGUUUUGCCAGAAAGGGAUGAUAGUCAAGAUUCUAAGCCAACAAUGCCAAAUUUGAAUAAUGUAGAAGCUUGUUUAGAUAGCUUAGAUCAUUACUCCAGAUAUAAGCGCUUACAAAGAUACCUUGAAUUUUUAACUGUACAAGAAGAAUAUAUUAAAGAUGAACAGCGUAACUUGAAAAAGGAGUACUUACAUGCUCAAGAAGAAGUGAAACGUAUUCAAAGUGUACCAUUAGUUAUUGGACAGUUUUUAGAAGCUGUGGAUCAAAAUACCGGUAUUGUAGGUAGUACUACUGGGUCAAAUUAUUAUGUUCGCAUACUAUCUACUAUUGAUAGAGAGUUACUUAAACCAUCAGCCAGUGUUGCUUUACAUAAACACAGCAAUGCUUUAGUUGAUGUAUUACCACCCGAAGCAGACUCUUCUAUAUCUAUGCUUCAAGCAGAUGAGAAACCUGAUAUUCAAUACUCAGAUAUAGGUGGAAUGGAUAUGCAAAAACAAGAAAUUCGAGAAGCUGUGGAACUUCCCUUAACACACUUUGAAUUGUACAAACAAAUUGGUAUUGACCCACCAAGGGGUGUAUUAAUGUAUGGUCCCCCUGGUUGUGGCAAGACAAUGUUAGCUAAAGCUGUAGCUCAUCAUACAACUGCUGCAUUCAUUCGUGUUGUUGGUUCAGAAUUUGUUCAAAAAUACCUAGGAGAAGGUCCAAGAAUGGUUCGUGAUGUGUUCCGUUUAGCUAAAGAAAAUUCUCCAGCUAUUAUAUUCAUUGAUGAAAUUGAUGCUAUUGCUACCAAACGUUUUGAUGCCCAAACUGGAGCUGAUCGUGAAGUUCAACGUAUUCUUUUAGAACUGCUAAAUCAAAUGGAUGGAUUCGAUCAAACUACCAAUGUAAAAGUUAUAAUGGCCACAAAUCGUGCUGAUACUUUGGAUCCAGCUUUGUUAAGACCUGGUCGUUUAGAUAGAAAAAUAGAAUUUCCAUUACCUGAUCGCCGUCAAAAACGUUUAGUAUUUUCAACUAUAACAGCUAAAAUGAAUCUCAGUGAAGAAGUUGACUUGGAGGACUAUGUUGCUAGACCAGACAGGAUUUCUGGAGCUGAUAUAAAUGCUAUUUGUCAGGAGGCUGGAAUGCAUGCUGUUCGAGAAAAUCGUUAUAUUGUACUACCAAAAGAUUUUGAGAAGGGAUAUAAGAAUAAUAUCAAAAAAGAUGAAUCAGAACAUGAAUUCUAUAAAUAAUUUUUUGUCAAGGGUUUAUAUUCUGACAUUUUUUUUUUUAAGUACAGAAUUUAUAAAAUUAUCCUUAUUUCAAUUAAUUUUAUACUAAUUGAUAGUGUAUCUUAAGUAAGAAAUUUAUUAAUAAAAUAUUAUAAUUAAUUUGUGUUACAAAAUAAAACUGCAGUCCAUUUA